GGGGAGUAUAACCCAGGGGAAUUUGCGGGAUGUUGGAUCCGAUCGGGUUCGGAUGACAGGGCGAUGUGAGAAGAAUGGGGAGGGGUAGAAGGAUAGAGAAGGCGGGAUUAAAUGACCUGUUGGGUGGUAGAAAGGUGUUAAAAGCAGAAGAGCCAGAAGUGGAUCCGAGCGAGAGAAAAUGUUGAAAGAGGCGGAGGCGGAUGAAGUCAGGCGCAGAUUAGGGGGGAAUUCGAAGUGGAAUUGUAGUUAGUUAUUGGGGGGGGGUGAGUAAAAGGGAACUGGGUAGGGUAGGGUAGAAGGCUAAGCUUGGUAGGUAGGGGAAGAGGGGGGGCGAAUAAUAAUGCCACAGGGCAAGAAAAGAGAGAGAGAGAGAGAGAAAAAAGAACGAAGAAGUGAUCUUUUUUCUUUUCUCGCCCAGAAAGGAACCCAAUGAGUUCGUCCCUUUUCUUUUUUAUUUUUUUUUUCUUCUGGUUCUCGUUCUCACUCUCAGCUUUGGGGCGAGCUGAAGAAACCCGAAGACAAGAGACAAGACACGAGGAGGAUGAAAUGAAUCAUUGGAACUUACAAUUACUGCCCGUCGUCAAUGUGGGUUGCAAAUGGAGCCUUAGCGUCAAUCAGGCCCAGAUGGACAAAUGGCGGGCGGACACCGGCGGAUAGCGGGUUCGGUUGGUGCAGUGAGUGGG